AUGUGCCAGAUUCCUUCAUUUGUAACCAAACUUCCUAAUGGUUCUGAAAAGGGUGUCUGCUUGGCUAUCGAUCUUGGCGGUACCAACUUGAGGUCCAAAGCUGUCAUCCCCAGGCACCUAAUGGCUGCGCCAACAUACAAGGAUCUCUUCAGAUUUAUCGCCUCGCAGAUGAAGGAGUUUCUGGAGAAGCAUCACCCAGAAGACCUCACAACAUGGUCCCAACUCCUGAAAGAGGGAGACGCAAUUACUGGAGAAACAAGACAAAAGCACUGCAAGAGCCUUGGCUUCACUUUCAGUUUCACUUUCGAUCAGCAUGCCAUCAAUAAGGGAACACUACUGUAUUGGACAAAGUCAUUCGGUAUCGCUGACGCAGUUGGCCGCGACCCAUGUGCCAUGCUGCAGGAAGCCCUCGAUGAGCAACACCUGCCUCUCCUGGUCACAGCAUUGGCGAACGAUACUGUCGGCACUUUGGCCGCGCGAGCAUACACAUCUCCGGGUCGUUCCAGUAAUGUGGUAGGCGCUAUCUUCGGAACCGGGACCAACGGAGCGUACAUGGAGCGCAUUUCUCGUAUCACCAAGCUGCAUUCACGUGCAGAGUUCUUAACUUCGGCAUCGGACGCAAUGAUGGCGCUGAAUACCGAAUGGGGAGGAUUUGACAACAAGCUAGAAGUGCUACCUUCAACACGAUUCGACCGAGACUUGGACAGAGACUCUGUCAACCCAGACGAUCAGCAUUUCGAGAAACGCAUAUCCGGCAUGUACCUCGGCGAGCUACUCCGAAGGAUAUUAAUCGACCUGUCACAAUCGGAACAUAGCCUCUUUGACUUUCAAGUUUCGGGAGACCCCCCGCUUUACAUGCCUGACAGCAUCGACAGUUCUUUACUGUCAGCAGUUGUCAAGGACUCAUCUCCAGCGCUAGAGAGCGCGCGCAAAGAAAUCGCAAGAGUGCUUGGUGCUACAGACGUGUCGGCAAAUGAUGCAAAGGCAAUACAGAUUCUUUCCGCGGCUAUUGGACGUAGAUCAGCUAGGCUAUCUUCCGUCGCGAUCGCUGGUGUUGCUCUCCAGUCCGGACUGUUUACACCCAAAAGCACUAUCAAGCCAGUAGCACCGACAUCACGAGGCCUGGGAAUCAACCUUCUCAAACCUUUCCUCUACGGGGCACGAAGUCUGUGGAACCUGCUUAAGAGUUGGCUUCACGUCAGAGUUCGUUUCGCGAUUCCAUCAAAGGGCAUAUCGCGCGUGGUACCGCGGCCAAGGGACCGGGGCAAUUAUCAGACGGAAACUGAUGGCGAGGACUCGAACGAAAUCAUUGAUGUGGGCGUCGAUGGUUCUUUGAUCGAACACUUUCCUAACUUUGAAGAGCACCUGCGGGAAGCUCUGAGAGAAAUACCGGAGAUUGGUCUCAUGGGCGACAAGAGAAUCAGGAUCGGCAUGGCGAGAGAUGGCAGCGGAGUCGGGGCUGCUUUGAUUGCAUGGGCGGCGAGAGCAUAA